AGGUGAAUAGCAGUGAUAGCUUGAUCUUGUUGUAUUGUUGUUGUGUCCCAUUUUUUUGUCCUUUUGCUUUUUUUUUGUCUUUUUCUGCAGGUCUAGAAGCAGACUCUUGUUCAUUGUUUAUUUUUGUGGAACCCCCUCUCUCCCCACCUUUUUCUUUUCCUUUCUCUUUCACCUCUGUCUCCGUGUCUGGUCGGAAUUACCAAGCAUUAAACAACAAUAACAAUAAAGUUUUAAGUAUCAGGCGUGACAUUAAAAGCAGAUGCUUUAAUGCUCCACCUGAGAAUAAAUCUGUAAGGCUUGUUACCAGCAUUCAGACAUCAAUUCUGCUUGCUUCACAGCCAGACAGGACACGGUAAAAAUAAAUAAAUAAAUAAAUAAAUCAAUAUAAAACACAAAAACCAUCACUGAAGCUAUAGUUCGAUCAUAAUAGUAACAGAAACACAACUAAAGUGUCAUGAAUGAAUAUGACACUAUUUUGUAGGUCUGAAGCUGAAAAGUUGGUAAACCACAGGUUUAGAGGAAUCAUAGCAGUCUGUGAGGAAUUUUUGAACUUUUGUGUUAACAAGGUCGCAGAUUCACUUCAAUUCAAUUCAGUUAUUUAGCGCAGAAUCACAACGAGUCGUCUCAAGGACCUUCACACAGUAAACAUUCCAAUACAGGUCAGUUCAUUAAGCCAAGUGUUGGGGCGACGGUGGCACAGGAGUUAAGCGCUCGUCCCGUAAUCGGAAGGUUGCAGGUUCGAGCCCCGCUCAGUCUGUCGCUGUCGUUGUGUCCUUGGGCAAGACACUUAACCCACGUUGCCUGCUGGUGGUGGUCGGAAGGACCGGUGGCGCCAGUGCUCGGCAGCCUCGCCUCUGUCAGUGCGCCCCAGGGCAGCUGUGGCUACAUCGUAGCUCAUCCCCACCAGUGUGUGAAUGUGUGUGUGAAUGGGUGAAUGACUGAUUGUGUUGUAAAGCGCCUUGAGGGGUUCCAGGACUCUAGAAGGCGCUAUAUCAAAUACAGGCCAUUCAUACCGCGCUGUUUGAAACAUAUCUGAAACCUUUCGCAGUGAGAAAAUAUAUAACUUCAAUUAAAAAAGCAGGUUUAAACAGCCUUUGAGAUUUCAUGAAAUAUUUACACAGAAUUUACACAACAGAAUGACACUAAAAAAACCAAUAGCAUUUAAAUUAAUUUUCCACUAAUCAACAUCCCACCCCUCCCUGGGCUGCCAGCUUAUCGUGAUGGAACAGUUUGAGUGUCCCAAUGAUUCUAGGAGCCAAGCUGUCUGGCGCUUUACGCCUCUGGUAGGGUCACCCCUGGAAAACAGGACCUAGGUGAGCGAUCAGGCAAAGUGCAUCCCAAAGACCCCUUAUAAUUACCUCAAAUGGAAACGGUGUUCCUCGCUUGGAUGCGGGUCACCGGGAUCCCCCUCUGGAGCCAGGCCUCCUCGAGAGGAGCUGGACAUUCAACCAAUCUGAAGUUGCCCUAACUGACAGGCGUUGAGCAGGGGUUGGCAUACUAGUUACCCCCCAUCUUGCUGCCUGUAUGCUGGGGUUUACCACGGUGAAGAAGAGGGUAGCCUCCCUCUGCUUACGUGUGGGGGGCUGAUCCUGACUGUUGUUUGUGCUUAAACACCAAACUACAAUUCAGACUACCCACCCUUUUUGGAGUCCUUGGAGGGGGUGCUGGAGAGCGCUCCUUCUGGUGACUCCCUUGUUCAGCUGGGGGACUUUAACGCUCAUGUGGGCAACGACAGUGAGACCUGGAGAGGUGUGGUUGGGAGGAAGGACCCCUUAUCUGAAUUCGAGUGGUCUUUUGUUAUUGGACUUCUGUGCUUGUCAUGGAUUGUCCAUAAUGAACACCAUGUUCAGACAUAAAGGUGUCCAUAUGUGCUCUUAUGCAACAGUUAAAUCCAACCGAGUGAUUUGAUUGGUCAAGAGACUUUCCAUGAGUGCUGAUAUUGGACUAUAACAGCACUGGGACUAUUGACAAGCAGUAUCACUCUGCUGUGCACAGGCGUUCUAACUGUUAAUCAUUAACGUUACUUCCAUUAACUCUUGGAUUUUGACCGACUUCGCACAGCAAAGAUGGACAUAUUUCCUCAGGUAACAUUUGAUCUACAGUAUGAAUGUUCAUCAGACUCUGAGGACACUGAAGGGAAGGAAAGAGGACUGAAUACAUCAGCGCAAACCAGGUGUGCUGACAUGUCAAUAGCGGACCUCGAUGAAUUAGAGAAGAGCAAAAAUGAAGUCAACACUGUGAGGUAGACAGCCUGGGCUCUGAACUGCUUUCAGACUUGGCUCAAUCUCAAAAAUAUCCAGGUGAACUUUCAUCAAGUUAAGAAGACCGAGCUGAACACAGUGUUGAGGGAGUUUUCUGGAUCGAUCCGGACAGCUAAAGGGGAGCUCUUCAGCAUCAGCAGCUACCUCGGACUUCGGGCGGGAUUGAAUCGUUAUGUUAAUGAGCUGCCGGUGAGCUGCUCAUGGAAUUUAAUGCAGGACCCAGAGUUUAUACCAGCUAACAAUGUUUUCAAAGGAGUCAUCAAAAAGACAAGAAGGGCAGGGAAGGACACAACAACACACCAUCCCCGAUCUCACCUGAAGACCAGCGCAUCCUAAAACAUUCUGCAGCUCCGAGUCCAGACAACCCGAAAGGCUUACCAAACAAGGUCUGGUAUGAUAUUCGGUUGCACUUUGGGCGCAGGGGGAAAGAGGGGAAUCGGCAUCUCAAACCGGACUCAUUCAUCCUUAAAUGUGAUGACAACAGUGCUAAAUAUUUUACCACGAUGUUCAACAAAGAAACAAAAAAUCAUAAAGACCCACUGGAGAGGGACAGAAAACGUGAGGGGCGCUAUGUAUGGGGAGCGAGGAAAUGUGCUCUGCCCGGUUGCGUCGCUCGAAAAGUACCUGCAGAAAAUUCCACCUGAUGCAAAGGCCCUGUAUCUGCAGCCGAGGAGGGUUACAUCACUGGGAGACAGCUACUGGUAUACCACUGUUCCUCUGGGAGUAAGUCAGCUGUUGCAGAUGUAUACAGAAACUGUCCGAUGCGGGACUCGAAGCGAGGGAGAUUAUGGCAGUGAGUGGGCACAGGAGGGAAAGCUCGCUAAAAAGUUACUGGAGACAUCUAUGGCGAGCUGGAAACAAGGGAGCAAUGUGCUGUCUGAUCGAAUGAACUCAUCAGAAACACCCAUGCCACCAAAGCAUCGGGGGCAGUGAUGACAACUGGACAGACUCUGAGGAGGUUCCCGAUGAUGACAGCGCCAUCAGGAACAGGGACACCCAGCUCUUCGACAAGGUGCGAGGUCAUGACAUUAAGCUGCUACAGUACCUCUCAGUUCGCUACAUCUGUGACCUAAUGAUGGAGAACAAGAAGGUCAAGUUUGGUCUAAAUGUGACAUCGUCUGAGAAGGUGGACAAGGCCCAGCGUUAUGCAGACUUCGCCUUGCUCUCUGUGCCUUACCCAGGGUGUGAGUUUUUUAAGGAAUACAAAGACCGUAACUACACGGCUGAAGGUCUGGUGUUCAACUGGAAUCAGGAUUAUGUGGAUGCCCCUUUGACAAUCCCAGCCAGUUUCACCCAGAAGCUGAACAUUGACUGGACUCAGUACCAGUCAUGGGACCUUGUAGAGCAGACCCAGAACUACCUGAAGCUGCUCCUCCACAUCAUCAAUAAUGAUGAUGACUGUGGCCUCCUAGUGCACUGCAUAUCAGGGUGGGACAGAACACCUCUAUUUGUCUCGCUCCUCAGGCUGUCCCUUUGGGCUGAUGGAGCAGUGCAUGCCAACCUGGAGCCUGCUGAGAUUCUGUACCUGACCAUCGCCUAUGACUGGUUCUUCUUCGGUCACAUGCUGCCUGAUCGACUCUCUAAAGGAGAAGAGAUCUUUUUCUUCUGCUUCAAUUCUUUGAAGCACAUCGUCUCAGAGAAGUUUUCUGUUGUUAGGAAGCAGAGAAGAAAGUACUCUCACUUCAGAGACGGUGAUUUAACUGUGGAGGAUCUGUGCCAGCUCCAGUCCAGGGACCGUGGCAGUGUGAGCAGCCUGAGCAGUGACUUUUCCCUCAUCACCGAGGAGGCAGACUGUGCUGCUGACCCAGUGGACAUGUUCUUCAACCAGCCUCAGGCCUCCAGCUGGAGGAAAAUCCCAGCCUCAACUCCUUCCACAGCUGUUUGGUGCAAGCAAGGUGCUUUGGACGAGCAGCUUUCCCAUCC